AUGGCCCCGCGCAGCGGGUCGGGGUCGAGGCCCCGACAACGGCGCCGGCGCAAGGAGGGCGGCCGCGGCCGCGGCGGCUCCCCACCGCCGCGCUCGCCGCCAGCGCGGUCGCCACCGCGGUCGGCGGCUGGAUCGCCCCCGCGCUCGCCAGGGCCGGGGUCGCCGCAGAGGUCGCCAGGGAGCCCACCGCCGGCGGCGCUGAGGUCGGUGACGCCCCCACCUGGGGGCAGGUCGCGGUCGCCCGCGGCCAGGAGUGGCUCGGCGCCGGCGCCCCGCCACCGCAAGAGGCGGGCCAAGGGCCGAGAACCCGAGGCGGCCCCGGCGUCGCAGCCGAGACACCGAAGGCGCAGGGCUGCCCCAGCGGGCAGUGGAAGCCCCCCGCCACGGCGCGCCCGGCGCCGCUCAGGCAGCGGCGCCCGGAACCGCGGCCGCAGUGGCAGCGCCGGCCCGCCACGCCGACGCCACCGCAGCCGGGGAGGCAGCGGCCCCCGCCGAACGCGCAGCCGCAGCAGGGGCUUCGGCGAGCCUCGCUGGGGCGGCCGCGGCGGCAGGGAACCCCGUGAGGCCAAGCCCGAGGGCUGCCGCACGGUCUGGGUGGGGUGGACCGACGGCAAGCCGCAGGAGGAGGACGUGAUAGAGUUGUUCAAGGAUUGUGGUGGCGUGACUGAGGUCCGAGUCAGCGACCACCAUCCCCGUGGCUACUUCUGUCACGUCCAAUUCGAAGAUACCCAGUGCGUGGACGAGGCGAUGAGGAAGCAGGGCUGCUCGUUCAUGGGCAACCGGGUUCAGAUAGAUUACGCCUACAUGGACAAGGUCAUGACGAACCCGAAGCAUGAGGCCAACGCUCCCGGCAGGAUCCUGCGCUGCAAGCCCAAGAGCGUGAAGCCGCCGAACGGGCACACGAUGUGGCUGGGCGACCUCUCCAUAGACGCCACCGAGCAGGACGUCAUCGACUUCUUCCAGGAUUGCGGGAAGAUAGAGAUGAUCUGUCUAAAGGUCAAUCAGUUGCGUAAUGGCCACUUCGGCCACAUUAAAUUCUUCGAGACUGAAGCGGUGGACAAGGCCGCGGAGCUGGCGGGCACGAUGCUCAAAGGUGUCCCGAUCCGCUUGGAUUUCGCAGAGGACAAGCCAGCCGAGGCCUACCGCUCCGGCAAAGACAAAGGCGUGCCAGAGACGAAGCGACCACCCGAUUGCCAGACGGUGUGGAUCGGCGGGUUGCCUGGCGAUAUCACCGAGGAGCAGAUCCGCUCGCUGUUCGGGGUGCACGGUGACAUCCGGGAGAUUCGGCUGGACAAGAACAAGCGCAGCGGCACAGGAACCAACUUCUGCCACGUGGAGUAUUCCACGGGCGAAUCCGUCGAGCACGCCAUCAAGAUGUCCGGGGAGUCGGUCGGGGGGUCCAGGAUCCGCGUCGACUACGCCGAGAACAGGAGACACAUACCGCCGAAUGGUUUGGCAUUGAAGGACAUGCCUGGCAUGCCGCCGCCAAUGAUGCCGCCUGGAAUGGGGCCACCAGGCAUGAUGGGCAUGCCAGGGAUGCCGCCAGGGAUGCCGGGCAUGCCGCCCGGCAUGCCGCCGCCGGGGAUGCUCGGGAUGCCGCCGGGCAUGCCGCCGCCCCCCGGCAUGUACGGCAUGCCGCCGGGCAUGCCUCCGCCCCCGGGCAUGGGCCCGCCGGGCAUGCCCGGCAUGCCGCCGGGCAUGAUGGGCAUGCCGCCGGGCAUGGGCCCGCCAGGCAUGGGCCCGCCAGGCGCGCGGGCCGCCAGGCGGGCCGCCAGGCGGGCCGCCGGGGCCCGGCGGCGGCCCCCCGCAGCUGGGGCCAACGCCAGGAGGGGCGCGCUGGAGGGCCCGCCGCCCAUGACGGGCCCGCCGGGGGACCUGGACGCCGCGCCCCGCGACACGAGCCCGCCGCCUGGGGAGGAACCUGGCAAAAAGGAACGGGAGCUGCUCAGGGUCGGACGGGGCAGGGACCAGGACAUAUCCUUCCAGAGCGCUCCAGAACGACCUGUGGCACGCACUGUUCAAAUGGAUAUGCAGAUACACCUCGACAACCUGAUCUUCCGUUUUUUUCUGGCUCGGCCGCAGGUCCUGGAGGCACGGGCCUUCCGCCUGUGCAUGCCGUGGGGGCUGGACGCCUUGGCGCGCGACCUGACGCAGGCCGCCACCACAGCGCUGGUGGGGUAUCUCAACCCCACUGCCGCGGAGGGGUACUCGGCGGCAGCGCUGGCGGUGGUCGCCGGCACCUGCCUCCUCCUGGGGGCCGCCGCAGGCGCCGCGGGCGUUAUCUGGGCGUUGCACCCCCGGGCGACACCGAGCGCCAGCGCGCCGGGCCCGGUGGCGGCGCCUGGGACGCCCGCCACGGCGCUGGCUGCGCCAGCUGAGGCAGAGGCGCUGGAGGACGUGCAGGCGCUGGCCGCGGCGCAGGUACACCACGAGCGGGUGAUCCUCUACGGGACUGGCUACGUGCUGACGCCAGACAUGGACGACUACGGAGAAGGGCUGACGCCGGACGUGGACAUCCACAGCGUGCGGCCGAUCGCGGGGCAGGGCGGCCGCGCCGGCGGGAUCGUGGAGGCUCGGACGUAUCGCUUCCGCCGCCUGCCGACGCCGGCGGAGCUGUGGGCUGCGCUGCGGAGGGGAGCGGCCGCGGGGUUCGGCGUGUUCCCGGACUCGCCCUUCAUGCUCGAGCUCUCGGCCGCGAACUGCGAGGGGCAUCCUGCCGGGCCGCUGGGGGUCGCGGACCCAGUCGCGGCCCUGGCCCCUGCGCUGGCCAUCGCGGGCCCAGCGGCGGCGCCAGCUGAGGCGGUGCCUGCCGCGGUGGGAGGACCGCCAGUGGCCGCCGCGGCCGCUGGCCCGGCCGCGCCGGGGGGAGCUGUGGCGGCUGCCCCUGGGCGUGCGCCAGCGGUGCCUGACGGCGCCCCCGUCCCGCCGCUGCCCUCUGGGGCUGCGCCGCCAGGCUGGGUGUGGGUGGCCGCGGAGGACGUCGACGGGCUCGUGUCGUUCGGCGAGGAGCUACAGGUGGGUGUCGCCGGCGGAGUGCAGCUGGCCUGGCGUUCCGGGCGCCGAGGCGGCUUCGCGCUCCCCGCUGGAGGCGCCGCUUUCGGGAUCCUGCUGCAGCAGAGCGAGGUGGCGUACUUCAGGCAGGAGUUCCGAGGCAACGACGCGCGGACGCUAGAGGUGCCCGCCGCGUCUGCGGCGUCAAGCGGGCCGGCACGUGACUGGCGCGAGGUGGUCCAGCUGUGCCACCAGGAGCCGGUGGCCGACUUCGCGGUGCCGGGGCCGCAGACUGCCGCUUGGUGUGCGAAGUACCAGGUGAAGGAAGGUGGUCCUGCCUUCCAUCAUGAUAUGUGGAAAAGCCGCAGGAGGCUCACCUCGACGGACUUCGUCGUCGACAUGCACGACACGCUCUCGCGCAUGAUUGAGGCCAUGGGCGUGUCGGACCACCUGGGCGUCUUCAACUUGGCGAGCGCCGAGAUCGGAUAUCGCAAGCUCCAGUUGAUUGAGCAUUACUGGGACGACCGCAGUGCAGAGCAGCAGCAGAACAACAGCAAGAUCCCCUUGGAGGAGAGCCAGGCCUUCAUGGGCGGGGCUCGUGCGCCUUCGAUGGCGCGCCCCGAGCUGCUCGACACCGCGUCGAAGGGCGAGCUUCUCACCGAGCUCGUCGUCGCGCUCAACCAGCUGGAUGCCGGCUCAGACCUCGUUCGCAGGCAGUGCGAGGGCGAGCCCAGCAGGAUGCAGCAGCUAUGCCUGGAGCGCCUCGCCGAAAGCUGCGCGGCGAUGGGCGCCCCGCCUUCUGAUUUGUCGUCCGAGGUGGCCCUCCGGGGGCCCCAGGUCGGCACCGCCUACGGGGACUGCGACCCCGUCUCGGCGGCCCCCUUCGUGCACGACCUCGUCUCCUUGCCGGCUGUCGGUGGCGCCCCGGUGCCGCUGGACCAGCUGCUCGGGAAAGACGGUCCAGACAUCGCGCGGAGGUUCAUUUCUUCCAAGGUUUUGUCAAAUCAUGAUGCCGCUGAGGCAAAGAAGGACUCGGGUUUUGUGCGGCCGUACCUGGAUCCAGUUCUCCGUCGGCGCGAAGACUACCUCGCCUUCGUCAGCCGACUGGGCAAAGCUAACAUGCUGGAUUUCAGGCUCGACGGCGACGACUUCGAAGAGCUGCAAGAGGGUGAGCAGUUGUGGACAGGGGGCGUGGACAUAGCCGACGCGUUCUACAAUAUGGGUUUGCCUUGUGAACUUCGACGUUACUUUGCUCUUCCUCGAUUGCGUGCCGCUGACCUUGGCCUCAAGGUCGUCGAGGGCCAGUCCGUGUCGAGCCGAGCCUGGGUCCGCCCGUGCUUGGCGGUCUUGCCAAUGGGCUGGUCGCACGCUCUCGACUUCUGCCAGCGGGUGCACCGCUCGAUCGCGCUGGAAAAAGGGGGCCUCCCUGGGGCAGCUGAGAUCGUUGACGGACGUCCGCCUGCGGAUGUGAGGGAGGGAGCUUCCACGGCCUACGUCGACAACUUCGUCGCCUUCGGCACGGGGCCCGAGAGGCCUGGUGAGAUGUUGGACGCAGCUCGAAAAGCCCUUGAAGGUGUGGGCCUGCCGGUGCACCCGACCGAGGCGCCCGUCGCCGUUUCGGAGCAGCUGGGCUGGGUCUUCGACGGCGAGCGCGGGGCCUUGCGCCCCAAGAGUCGGCGUGUCUGGAGAUUGAGGCUGGGGAUUCUGGAACUCUUGAAGAAGGGGUACGCCACGGGUCGCCAGAUCGGAAAGGCUGCUGGACAUUAUGCUUUCAUUGCUCUCGCUCAGAGGCCUAUGCUCUCCGUCUUCAGCGCCGUAUACAGUUUCUCCCGGAAGUACUUCUCCCGAGAGCCGGAGGUCGUCGACGACUUCGAGGGGGUGAGCACGGAGGGCGAGAGGUGGAAGGUGCAGGAGGUUUCGAGCGAGCUGUACGGGGGCAGGUGGCAGGUGGUGUCUAGUGGAGGAUGGGCCCGGGCUGAGAACAUCAUCGUCCUGGAGGGUCGGGCCAUCGUUCACUCGCUCAGGCACGCUCUUCGAGAUUCGCAAUAUUUUGGUCGGCGCCUCCUCUUCCUGUCCGACAACAUGGGGCUCGUAUGUGCAUUGCAGAAGGGGCGCUCGUCGGCUGGGGGGGUCCUCCGCAUCACCCGGCAAUGGGCUGCCUGGUGCCUGGCGGGCGGCGUGCAGGCCUCCGUCCGCUGGAUCCCGUCGGAGCGCAACGUUGCGGAUGCUCCGUCGCGCCGCCACAUCCCCCUCGGCGCGUGGCUGGACGGGGGCGCGGGCGGUGCUGAGCCGGACCUCGACCGCUGGGGCGUGCGGGACGGGAGCCUCCGUAGCCAGCGCGCCGACGUCGCGGCCGCGGGGGCGGAGCUCGAUGAGCUGGCCGUCCGCGACGCCGCCAGCGGCCCCCUCCGGGGCGCCCGGCGCCCCCCGGCGGCUGCGGGGCAAGCAGGGGGGACCUUUCUGCAGAGGGCCUCGGUGACGCCGAAGACGGUCGCGCAGUACGACACGCUGUGGCAGGACAUCCUUCUGGCGCGGGCAGCGACUGCGCGCGUGACCGGCGCCGCCCGAGAGCCCAGCGACGACGACAUGGACGGCCUGCUAGCCAGCUGGAUGGACCGCGAGUACUUGGCCGGCGAGCUGUCGCAGCGCGGGACCAAGGCGAUGGCGGCGGCGAAGUUCUUCCGGCCGCAGUUCAGCCGCACGGGCAGCCGCGCGCUGCCGCAGGCAGCACAGGCCUUGAAGGGGUGGAAGCGCCUCGCCCCUGGGCGGGCGCGGCUCCCGCUCCCCUGGGAGGUGGUGUCGCUGAUCGCGCUCGAGCUGGUCGCCGCGGGCUUCUGGGCGAUGGCUGCGUGGGUCGUCAUCACGUUCCACUGCUACCUGCGGCCCAGCGAGCUGGGGCGGGUCACGCCAGAGAUGAUCGUCGCGCCCACCCCGGGCACGCACAUCUCGAGCUGGGCCAUCGUCCUGCGCCCGUCCGAGGAGGAGGUGAGCAGCAAGACGAGGGAGUUCGACGAGACCGUGGUGUUCGACCUCGCGGAGUUCAGCUUCCUCCACAGCGCGCUCGCGUUCCUCAAGAGGAGCGCGCCGCCGAGGCAGCCUGUCUUCGGCUUCCUGCACGCGGACCUCGUCCGCAACUUCAGGGCCGCGGCCGCGCGCGCCGGCGUCGAGUGCCUGGGCCCGGAGCUGCACGUGCUGCGGCACAGCGGCUGGGACGGAAGCUACAGGUCAUUCCUCAUAGAGAGCCGCGCGACCAUCUGCCUGUUCUGGUCAGUGCUCGUGCGCCUAGGAUUGAUCUUGCAGACACAGCUGCCCCAGACCUUCUGCUCGAUAGAUUGGAUGACGUCCUACGGCGCCUGGGCAGUCAGCAUAUUCAGAGAGAGUGCGCUGGGCCUCGUGAGCCACACCCACUCAUUCAAGAGCGUCUGGCUCUGCUUGCUGAGCGACGAGCACUUCGCGCAUCACUCCAUCUUGCCACAGAUGCUGAAUUUGAAGAAUGCCGUGCCCGCCUUCGUGAGUACACUAAGAGAUGCAAGUCUAUCGUUCGACGUUGCAGCAGGGAGAGAGACGAACGCCUGGUGCAAUCCAUAUGGGAGGCUUGGAGAGCCCGUGACUUUGCGGUUAUUCAACGUCUCAAUCUUCAUCUUGCAGCUUAUCCAGAAGUAUUUCGCCAGAGCUCCGAAGAGACGAGGUGCGCCGACUUGGGCGCUACCGCUUGAGAUCUGGAGCAUGCGCAUCAAUGGCCCUCGAGCGCAGCAGGCAGCCAUGCAGGGGGCGGGGAUCGGAGCAGAUACGACCGUCACGGAGGGUAAGUAUACGAAGCUGAUGCUGCACCGAGUAUUCGCUCUUACUAGGUUCUGGGAGGGUGACCCGUUUGCUGCGGCCAGUUUUGUUCGUACCUUUAAGCCGCCAGUGGACCGCUGGAUUGAGCGAUACCAGCGCGAGGACUCAGGAGAGCAGUUUCUGCGGGCGCACCUCCCGCAGGCCAUGGACCCUGAGCUCUCUUCCAUCGGCUUGAGGCGUAACCAACAGAAGCAGGAAGCGAUUGUGCGGGUUCCUGCUAGCUCUCGGCGAGGCGCUGCUGCGAUCCUGAGAAGUCGGGAGACGAAGGUUGCUGAGGACGUUCGGUACCUGGGUCCACGGAUUUCGCCGACGCAGUCGUUUGGACCAGAGCUCUUGCAUAGGAUCCAGGCCAUGAAAGCUGCGUUCUGUCGUCUUGGGAGUUUCUGGUUUAAGCGUGGAAUACCCGUCCGAUGGAAGCGAUGCAUACUGCUGUGCCACAUAGUGAAUGCGGCGCUGUCUGGAGUCGAGGCUUUCGUACCGACCGAGGUCCAGCUCAACACGUUGCAGUUGGCUCUCGCUGCUCUCGCUCGUAAAGUUAUGCGCGGGGAGGUUAGUUGGGAGGACCAGGGGGGCCGUAUUCGAUCGCUUUCGUCGAUGGAGGUGCUGAGGUGGUGGAGGAUCGCCCCCGUCUCGACCGAACUUCGUGUUCGACGGCUUCGAUGGCUUCAGGCGUGCAUCAGAAGACCAGAGGCCCACCAACAGCUACUCGCAUCGAUCUUCGGCAGCGUGACCUUCGAGAGGGAGGGUGUCUUCGAUGACUGCGGUAGGGUUCGUGAAUCGGCUAACCCAUGGGCCCGGCGUGUUCAGGAUGACAUCAAGCACCUUGUCCAGUGGAGCUCGGACGCCGCUGAAUGCAGGGAGCGCGCGGAGGGCUCGAUUUUGAAACUGUUCGACCCCAAGAUCGCUCCCGACUUCCUGCGGGUGGAUAUGACCAUCCUGAGAGGCGCGCACUCGUCUGUUGAAGUACCUCCCCCUGGGCUCGAGGAAGUUGACCACCUAGCUCUGGAAUGCGAGGCCCUCUGCACGGAGUUUCCCCACAUGUGUCCCUGGACGGGUUGCCAAUCUAAGUUCUCAUCUAAAUCUGGAUUGGUUAAUCAUUUUCGGCGUAUUCAUGGCACGGUGAAGCUGUCCCAGGCCCUGACCAAGACGAAUCAGUGCAUUGCGUGCCACGAGGGACUGCUGAAUAUGACGAUCACGCUUGCACUCACCUGCCUUUCGUUCCAAGUGUGCGUGAUGGCCCUCGUCGACGACACGUUGUUCGGGACCGAUGUCGACAUGCCGCAGUGGCUGCGCGCGGCGAGGCCCAAGAGAGGCGCCGAGGAGCAGGCCGAGGGCGCGGCCAAGAAGCCUGCGACGGCAGGUGGCGGAAGCGGAGGCGGCAGGGGAGGCGGGGGCUUGAGGCGACGCCAGGCGGACCCCGACGACAGCGACUUCGUGGACGCGUUCAGGGCCAUGGCACGUCUGUCGCUCAGCAAUGCAAGAGAGCUGGCCAUGAUCGAGUCGAAUGUCCUCGAGACGUACCUGAUCGACGAGAGCGCCUGGUUCGCUCGCGCAGGUCUGGCGGCGAAUGCGCACUGCACGGGCCAGGCGAGAGCGCUCAAGGAAAAGAAUGGCCAGGAUCACACCGUCGACCUCGCCAGCCUGGGGCCUCCCUUUCUCACGGUCUUCUGGUUGAUUAUGAUGGCCAUCCGCCAGAAUGCGAACACAGGUGCGCCGAAGGAGGCCAUCGAGAAGUUCCACCGCGAUCACCUCCAGGGCAAAGGUCCAGUCGAGCUGGUGAACUAUGCACGACACAUUUCGCUCCAGCAGCCGAGGGGCGAGAAGUCGAAGCGCAUGGAGAACAAGGUCAAGUCCAAGCUGAAUGUGAUGCCGAACGGGACGACGGGGCAGGCACUAUGCGAGAUCUUCCAGCAGGUUCUGUUGGAGGUCAAAGCGGAGAGGCUGGUGGGAGCUGCUCCGAGGAGCGCGGCAGAGCGUCAGGUACAGCAGUGGUUGCAUCGUCACUAG